AUGGAUUUUUGUAAUGAAGAGCCUGCUUUGAAUCCAGGGAAAACUUGGCCUUUGCAGCUGAUUGAAAAUGUAGCUUUUUCGAUUUUCAGGCCAGAUGAGCUUAUAGAGCUGGAGCCUUGUAGGUCUUCAGGGUGAGGCUCAGUCUCAAGAGGAUUUCUUUGUAAUCCUGACAAUAAAGUAGAACUGUCAUGAAUACUCAUAUAA